UGGAUAUCCACUGGAAGUUCCGAAUCUCCAUGAAAUACGUCUAAUGGACGUCCACUGGAGGUUUUCGUUUUAUGUGGGUACCGGUUGCUCGUCGGAAUCUGUUUUCUGUGAUUUCAGCUAUGGACAAAGGCUUGAAAUUCAAUUCUUCGAAAGACAGUUGUGAGUUCAUAAAAGACGGUGUCGUCAAAGCUCGUGGUGUGCGUGCUGAUCAACUGUUUAAGAUGUUGAUCCGUGUGAAGCAACCGGAAAACAUGCAUAAUAGGCGAAGCUAAUGUAUCGUCAAAAGAUUCUCUACAUAUAUGGCACGAACGUCUUGGUCAUCAAAAUAAGGCUCAUGUGCGGAAAUUUCUCAAGAAAAAUCAAAUUGACUUUAUCGACGAUGAUCAAUUUUAUGGAUCCUGCAUUGAGGGGAAACAACAUCAAAACUGUUUUCAACUGCGCUGACAACGUGCUGAAUCACCUGGUGGUCAAGACUCAGUGCGGAAGAUCUGUGAAAACGUUUCAAUGUGACGGAGGAUUGGAGUUUGACAAUCACGCAGUUCGGAAGUUGUUAAAGCUGAAUGGUGUUACUCUUGCAAUGUCGAAUCCGUACACUCCUGAGCAGAACGGAUGCUGA